AUGGAGUUCUGUCCCCCGGUUGGACUACUCAUCCCUGGACGCGGGUUCUGGUUCGAAAAUCCUGCGUACCAGCCAACAAUCCCCCGGUUGGAUUGUCUUCCCCGAUGCUCUGUUAUCGCCCAUGUUAGGCUGUUACUUGAGGCCGGAGGCCACUUUACUUCGAAUUGUUGUAUGUUGAAAGGGAGACUCUGCCAAAAUUUUGGUAGGAUGUCUUGGGUUGUUAGUAAGUGGGCCCGGCAUCGGUAUGAUGUCGGCAACAAUACGGGGUCCGCCCCGGUUUCGGGGGAAAUUCCGGGGCGGAGGCUGCCUCCUUGUAAGCAAAACCCAACGAAGAAGACAUCCAAACAUUAUUGUGCCUUCCGUGGAUCUCCCAGGAAUUGGUCAAGCAAGGUUAUUGCUUGGAGUACAUAG